GCAAAAGCCCUUCAUCAGGAAUGACCAAGUCAAACACCACACAGCACCAGGUUAUAGUCCGACAGUUUAUGUGGAAGUACGAGCUUUUACAGCGCAGCGCCUUCAUCACGUGGUUGCUCUAUUACCUUGUGUUGUCUGAUCUUGAACUAACGCAUCACCGCAGACCACGUGACCCAGCCCAGCAGUUAGGCCCCGCCCCUGACCGACAGCCCGGUUUGCGCAUGUGUGUUCGUCGACGUCUCCCGGAAACAGCACAAUCCGCGCGAGAGGCUUCAACCCCCGGGACAGGCCCCGGCCCCGAACCCGAACCCCCGGGACAGGCCCCGGCCCCGAACCCCCGGGACAGGCCCCGGCCCUGGCCCCGAACCCGACACCGAGGCUACACUGUUCCUGAGAGAGGCCCAGGACGCGGGCUCCGGGAGACGGUCAGUCCCGCCGUGGGCCAGGCCAUGGCCCCGCUUUGGUUCCUGUUGCCGAUCCCGCUGCUGCUGCCGCUGCUGUGGUUGCUGAGCUCCGGGUUCCGUUAUUACUGUAAGAUGGGAUUUUAUUAUUCCUGGAUCAUGGCGCUCGCUGUCCCGGUCAUCCCACUCUGUCUGUUUCGGGGCCGCGACGUGGAGAACAUGAAGUGCACUUUCACCACACAGACUGCAGUGGAUCAGGAAAAUCAAACAUCAAUUUCUCCAGAGAAUCACCAGAGAUCACUGGACCUGAUGGGCAUGAUGGAGAUCCUUCCUGAUCGUUGUGUUGCGAUUGCAAAGAAGGAGCUGAUGUAUGCUGGCACUGUGGGGUUGGUAUGCUGGCUUGCUGGCAUCAUCUUCAUCAACCGACAGAAAAAAACAGAUGCUAAAAGUGUGAUGACCGAGGCUGCUCAGACCAUGCUGAAAGAAAAUAUCAGAUUGUGGGUGUUUCCAGAAGGAACCAGAAAUCAUGAUGGUAAUAUGUUGCCAUUUAAACGAGGAGCUUUCCACUUAGCCAUACAGGCACAGGUUCCAAUUAUUCCAGUGGUGUUCUCCUCUUACAAUGACUUCUACAACAGGGCAGAGAAAAGAUUUACCUCUGGAAAGUGUAUCGUUCAGAUUCUUCCUCCAAUGGAAACUCGAGGCAUGACAACAGACAAUGUGCCGGACUUAACUGAGAGAGCACGCAAUUUGCUUAUGACCACGUGGAAUGAAAUCUCUGCUCCUAUCCUCAAAAUGCAUGGGGCCCAAUGAAGUCACUAUGUACUGAUCUUUAUGGAGUGUUUGCAUCAGUGAUGUUUGUGCUGAGGUCUAUACUGAUGCUUCAGAUCGUGUAAUGAGUUUUACACUAAAUGGAUUUUCAUGAAACAUUAGGAAUUACUCAUUGAUCAGCAAGAUGCUGUCACUUAUGAUGGUAGUCUCUUGCUGGACAACAUGGGCAGGGAAUCCCAAUCACUGGAUUUAAUACCUGAAGUGGGAUCUCUUGCUUCUAAGUAAUAGGAAGAAGAUAGAUGCUCUGUGAGCUGUUUAACUGCUGUCAGUUCUUCUAGCCAGGUGGCCACACGUUCAGGCUAUUUUCAUUCAUAGUGCGAGUACAUUUCUCUUUCAUUGUGCCCGUAAGCAAAUUCCAGUACUAGUAUUUGAUUACAGUCCAUGUUUAGAUUGAAAAAAUUGAUUGAAAAUUAUUGCUGCCAUUCACAAUUGUACACCAUGCCAUUCUCUAAUAAAUUAACUCUGUGAUAGACUUCAAAACUUAAGAAUUUUUGUUUUGGUGCACAGAACUAGAUAAUUUUGUUUUUGAAACAGGCUAUUUACACAUUCUACAUCCUUUCCUGAGCAGGCCUCUGUUUCCCUUCCUGUUUUUAUUUGCUGCUUAUCCAGGGAAUUAGAAUGUGUUGGUGCCUACCUGCUCUAAGUGAGGCAGAGUUACUACUAUAACCUGCACUUGCCUUGAUCCUAUCAAUAUUGGUCAAGUUCUUUCAUCCAAAUGUAUUUUAUUGAGUUAACUGUGUAAUGUAUUUGUUGAGGUGAAAAUGUCUUAAGCUUUGCAGGAGGCAAGUUCCCAUAAAUGAUGUAAUUGCUGUUGCAUUACUGAUGAGCUCAAAUCAGUGAGUUUCUGUACUGUGGUUAGGACCUGAUGUAAAAUUACAAAUCUCAGUAUUUACAGUUUAAUUGUACAGAACUUAACCUGCAGUAAACAUGUGUAAACUUGAUUCUACAACACUUUGUGGCACUAGAAAGUAACACUGCCCCCCUCAAUCUAGUGAGAGGUCAAAUAAUGUCGAGGCCACUUGGUCUUAAUGGUGACUCCAAAGUAUCAGUGUUUAGGGCCAGAAAGCUGUGUUCUUUGCUGUAUUGCUUUUGAAUGUCUGUUUCUGUACCAUUUGAAAUUGUCUUGGUAAAAUAUUAAAUAAUGAUGCAUGUAAAUGUAAUUUGCAUUGCUUUAGGCUUUUAUGUGAGAAUAUUUGAUCCUUUUUAAAGUUGCCAUUUUCAAUCAACUCUUCAAUAAGUAUUUAGCAACAAGCUCCUACCUUGCACUUUUCCCAUUUCCCUCAUUGACAUUUUAGUUUUAGUCUUAAUUCUGUGACAGCUGAUUCAAUGAUCAAUAAAAUCAUUUGGAGAAUUA